UGAUGCUGGUCUGGACUCACCGUUCCUGCAGAUCCACUUUGACCGAUGAUUAACGCCGCAGCUAUGAGGGCUAUUUGAUUGACAGCAGACCUGGCUCAUAGCCCCGCCCACAGAUGUUCAUUGGACUGUGGGGUAGUGGUUAGCCUCUAAGAAGAGCAGGAAAGGAUGGAAUCCCAUCCCGACCUGAACUGCUUCACGAUCAUUUCAAGAUUUGAGGCUCCACCCACCUGGUGAGCCUCCUCCUCCUCCGUGGACUCUGGUGGGAAUGGCCGAUGCCGAUAAGAUCCGGAAAACGGCGGCCUCGGUGCUGGGCUGCGUGGAGAAAGUCUCCUCCUUCGCCUCCUCCAUCGAUCCCAUCUUUGGAAUCGUCUCCUCGCUGGUGGGAGUGGCUCGGAAGGGCCUGGUGAAGGACGAAGGCCAUCCUCUGGACAAGGACUUUCAGGAGAUCUCCAGCAAGCUGGACACCAUCUCCCGGAAGAACCAGGAGUGCCUGAAGAAGAUUCUGAUCAACGAGGUGAAGGAGACGUACGGCACCUACGAGAAGUACAUCCGGCACCAGUACCAAAGCUUCCUGGACAUGGUGGCCAAGGUCAAGACGGAUCCAGAAAACGCCACGGCCUACAUGAAGAAGUUUGAAAGCAUUUAUGAAAGAGACAAGGCGGACAUGAGCCUGGACGUCUUCUACCGCGGCGUGAUGGGCAAGGGCAUGACCUUCGGGAGGCCGCUGCUGAAGGUGUACCUGGACAACUGUGACGGCGACCGCGACACCAUGGAGCGCCACUGCUCCUACAUCGCUCACCUGUUCCACAUGGGCCUCAUCGCUCUGAUGGGCUACACGGCGGUCACGGAGGACGACGAGGACGAAGUGCGAGAGAAGUGGGCGAAGAGGGUGCUGGACAUCCAGGAGAAGAUGGAGGAGGUGCUGAGUCAGUGCUCCUCCUCCUCGUGAGGAGGAGAACGUCCAAAAGAUGUCAAAGUCAUAAACGCAAUGAAACCAAAGCCAUGCUGUGUGUGUGCGUGUGUGUGUGUCUGGGUGUGUGUGUCUGAGUGUGUGUGUCUGAGUGUGUGUGUGUGUGUGUGCGUGUCUGAGUGUGUGUGUCUGGGUGUGUCUGAGUGUGUGUGUCUGGGUGUGUGUGUCUGGGUGUGCGUGUCUGAGUGUGCGUGUCUGAGUGUGUGUGUCUGAGUGUGUGUGCUUAAAAAUGCUGAACUUUAUACAAUCCUUCUGGAAGGUCAAAGGUCAGUGUUUGGCUCCCUGUGUGGUGCAGCUCGCUGAGGCAGGAAUUAACUCUGUGCAAAAACCACUGACUGUAUCUGAGACCUGGACUGAGUGACUCCGCCCCCCUGGCGUUCCAAACAGGAAGUGGCUCCAAGAAGCCAAAAUCCCAGAGACUUCUAGAGAGAACAGCUCUUACUCAGCGUUUGACAGAUUUUGCCGAGCCUGCGUUCAGUGGAAGGGGUGUGGCCUUCCAACAAGCUCCCUCCUGAUUGAUUGAUGAGUAGUCGCCACAGAAACCACUGCUUACUGACAAUGUCUACCUCCAACGUGGCGGCAUCUGUAUCACCAAAAAAUGGCGACUGAAUUUUGGAGGGGGGGUCAGACUCAGUCCAGGUCUCGCAUACAGUCAGCGGCACAAACAGAUUUUUAUUUAUGUAAUGGAGCUCCGCCCCCAAACGGGACGAUCAGAAUCAUGGAAGUUCUGGGGUUCUGAGCUCAGCUUGCAUCAUGACCCCCCCCCCCCUUAAAUCUAUAUAUUUGCAUGCUA